AGAAAGAUCUUCUGCUAUACUGUAUAGGGACGACUCUGUAGAGCUUGUACUUGAAUCAAACUUCUUAUAAUUAUAGUGGACUUUGUCGUUCAACUCAGCUCUCAUUACAAGUGACCCCAGGAGCGCACCUGGAUUUCGGUUUCCAAACACUUGGAUUCCGGAUUCCAUUAAAAAUUUUCGCAAAGCUUCAUGCUUUUUUUUACUCCAAGUUUUUGGACUCCGGAUUCCAGAGGCAACCGGCGUUUGUCGGAUUCCGUGUCGUGGGGCGAUCACUCAUAUAUAUACUAAAUGAUUCUCCCUGAAUGAUGUAAUGUGUUCAAGACAGAUUACGAAGAUGCCAUGCCAUGCAACAGUUGUCGUCUAACAAUUGGAAAAAGAAAGUCUCAAUGGGAAAUAUCAAUCAAGGUGAUAGAGAAAAAGAAGUAGAUGCUUUACAAAACUUAGGAAAUGCCUAUUACUCACGUGGGGAAUAUCACAAGGCUAUUGAAUAUUAUGAAAAAUACCUAAGUAUUGCUAAAGAGAUUGGAGAGAAAGCUGGAGAAGGAACUGCUUACGGAAACUUAGGAUGUGUCCAUAAUACACUUGGGGAAUAUCACACGGCCAUUGAAUAUCAUGAACGAAGUCUAAGUAUUGWUAAAGAGAUUGGCAACAGACAGGCAGAAGAAAGCUCUUACGGAAACUUAGGAAAUGCCUAUAUUUCACUAGGAGAAUAUCAAAAGGCCAUUGGAUAUUUUAAAAACAUGCUACGCAUUGUCAAAGAGAUUGGCGAUAGACCGGGAGAAGGAAUUGCUUACGGGAACUUAGGAAAUGCCUAUCAUUUAUUAGGGGAAUAUCACAAGGCCAUUGAAUAUAAUGAAAAGAGCCUAAGCAUUCAUAAAGAGAUUGGUCACAGGAAGGGAGAAGGAAAUUCUUACGGAAGCUUAGGACUUGCCUAUAUUUCACUAAGGGAAUAUCACAAGGCCAUUGAAUAUCAAGAAAAGAAACUAAGCAUUGCUAAAGAAAUUGGUGACAGACAGGGAGAAGCAGUUAGUUACCAAUCUUUCGGUGCUUGCUACAGAGCUGAUUCCAGCCUUAAAGACCUCAACAAAGCUGAAGAACACCUUCAAAAGAGUAUUGAAUGCUGGGAGAAUCUAUUUGAUGGCUUAAAAGACAAAGACCAGUUCAAGAUAUCUUUUCUUGAUACUUAUGUUGACACCAACAAGGUUCUUAUCGAAGUUCUGCUGCAGAMGAAUCAGCAUGAGAAAGCUCUACUGAUUUGUGAACGCGGACGAGCCCGUGCAUUGAGAGACCUCCUGAACAUGAAAUACAGCACAAGUGAAAUAUCGACAUCAAAACAGAAAUGCAUGGAACUUGAUGAUGUCAGAGAUAUGUCKUUCAAUCAUGAUARCUGCAUUCUGCUUUACGAUCUUGAUCGUAGGAAUCAGGCCGCUCGAUUCUGGGUUAUAACGUCUUGCCAAUCAAUUUUCUUUUACAGUGAAGAAUCCCAGCGGAAAGAGUUAGAAMAUUUGAUGGAAUCARAUUUUUCUGAAGACGACUUAGAAAACAUUGGAGAUGAUUAUGUUCAAAAUCUGGUUGAAAACAGUUUCAAAAGCAUGGGAGUUAGAAAAGGCAUGACAUGCGAGGACAGAUCACUGGGACAACUAGAGCGUGAAGACCUGGACCGUAUAUCCUUCAAACCUAUUUCAAAACCCAGUGCAACCUCUUCCAGAUGUAUAUACAUGGACGAAGAGAAUGAGGAACCAUUGGAAAUGCUGUUCGAUAGGUUGAUUUCCCCAGUUUUAAACAAACUAACCCAAGAAGAGAUUGUCAUCAUUCCUGAUGGACAUCU